AAACAGUUAUACAUAUAUAUCCUAAUGCGUCUAUACUGGUAGAUAUACAGGUAUGUAAAUGUGUAAUUAUAUAUACAGGUAGGUAUACCUCAGUGUCAAUCUAUAAUACCUGUGUGUAAUAACAUAAAUGUAUACAGGUUCAUUAUAUUUAUAUUUGUUACAUUCUACAGGUAUACACAGUUAUUUGAACAGGUGUGCAAUCAUAUAUACCGACGGACGUGUAAACAGGAGUGUUCAUAUCUAGGUGAGAUUGAAUUCUUAGAGUGCCUUCUAUCGGUAUCCGGACAAGUAAUCUUAGUGAAUUCAAUACUGGUGAUAUGGCGAAAGAGUUAACACUGAAUAACGGCAGGAAGAUCCCCCAGAUCGGACUAGGAACCUCAAGGAUUCCGAAAGACAUUAUAGAAGACACAGUAUGCCUGGCUGUUGAUAGAGGUUAUCGCCAUAUUGACACAGCAUUUGCGUACUACAACGAGGUAGAAAUAGGAAGGGCUCUUAAACGGAAGUUUGAAGAUGGGACGGUGACAAGAGACAACGUUUUUGUUACAUCAAAGCUCAGUUCUCACUACCAUGCAGAGGAGGAUGUGUACCCCGCCUGUUCUGAAAGUCUUCGCCGUCUCCAGCUCGACUAUGUUGAUCUCUUUCUCAUCCACUCGCCUUUUUCUCUAAAGAACCCAGGUUAUUUUACUACAAAGGGUGGAGUUGAAACAGGUUAUUUGGAACGGGACCUGAAGGCUACAUGGCGGGCAAUGGAAGAACUGGUGAUUUCUGGAAAGGCUAAAUCCAUAGGACUGUCUAAUUUCAACUCCCAACAAAUCGAGUAUAUAUCCGACGGGGCAAGGAUUAAACCUGUUAUGAAUCAGGUCGAGAUUAACAUCCGUUUUCCACAACACCAGCUGCAACGGUUUUGUGAAGAACGAGACAUCAUGCUUACGGCGUACGCUCCAAUGGGGUCACCGGGUCAUCCUAACCUUCUGCAAAAAAAUACGGAGGGCAAAGUACCGUUACUGAAGGAACCUGUUAUAGACAAACUAGCAGAAAAAUACGGAAAGAAUUCGGGCCAAAUUUUACUGAAAAGCCUGGUAGACAGGAAUAUAGUCGUGAUACCUAUGUCGACAAAUCCGGAACGACUUGCGUCUAAUUUACAGGUAUAUGAUUUCACAAUAAGCGAUGAAGACUUGGAUAUCAUAUCUAGUAUGGAAGAUGGAAUACGACAAUUCUCACGUCCAAAGCGUGAAGACCACCCGGAUUAUCCUUUUCGAAUUCCGUUUUAAGACUUGAAAUAUGUAUGGAGCACACAUGUGUUUAUUCGUGUAGAUUUCUAUUAAGUAGAUUUCAUUGCCAUCUUAGUACAUCGUUAGUAUUUAUGUAUUUGUUAUAUUCUCUAUGUCGUGUUCUAAUACGGACAAGAGACAUACAAUUCCUGUAUAAUUAUUAGGACUUAAUUCGUGUGCUUGUUUUCUCUAUUUGUAAAAUACACAUCCAUGUUCGAUGCGUUUCCAUGAAUCGUUUGAAUGUUCUCAUUGAUUAAUCAAAGACGCUUGAAACACUGAAGUACAACAAAAAAGUUCACAAGAACAAAGAGUUUAUUAUUAAAAUGGUGUAGCUAUAUAUCUGUAUAAUAUUCCUUCAAGGUGCCAUAGUUAUAUUCUGUCAUUUGGAUUACGAACUGAAAAAAAAAUCAAAAUAUUUCAUUCUUCUAUAUACUAUAUUCCAAGCUUCUAAUUUAAUUAGUAUACAUUAAACGCACAAGAUUAUAGCAAAUACAAACAAAAAAAAUCAUUAUAGACAAUGCAUUAUUUAGUAAUUGUAUUCAUUCAUGUGGUAUGAGUAAUCAAUUAAUUGGAUUGGGACAAAGAUUUCGAUCCUCCUACAGUAUAAAAUUGUAUAUUAAAGAUAAUACACAGUUAUCAACAGUCAAAACCAUAUUCCCUUGGGUUGGUCCCUACCUCAAGGAGAAACAUUCCAGAAGAAGCCAUACGGUUAACGUCGAAAAUCAUAAUCAUUUGAAUGUUUGGGCGAGUUUGAUCGUUCCAAGCCAUUCAACAGUCAAAACUAUUGACCGACUUGUCACGAUUUCCUUGCAAUUUUCCUGGGGAAAAGCUUGAAGUACUUUCCAUUUCCAUAGAUAGUCAGGUAACAAAGAUUUUAUAAAAACCGUUGUUUACCCUAAAAUUAGACUUUGUAAAUUUCUUUGAUCAAUACAAGACGUGCCAAAUAGUUCUCCCACAGUUAACCGGUUUAUCUCCAGUUUUAGGCCUGAGAGAUUUCUCUGUCAAACCCUUGGGUAUCACAAAUUGCACGCGCUCACCUUCUGAAACGGAACUACUUACGGAAGUACCUUUUGAGUGAUGUCACUAAUAGUUCCUGCGUUGUUAAUAAUGUUAAAUAUGCAUAUGAGACACAGAGUUUUAUAAAUGACAAGAUGCACUGUCGUUAACAUCAGAAUAGUAUCACUGAUACCAUAUUUCAGUGUUUGUUUGAAUAAACAUUGUGAAUUAA